UCAGUACAUCUCCAACACUUCAGUCCGAGACCAAACCCCGAGUUCAGCGGGAUUCGACACUAAUCACAGCUCCAAGCUCGAACAAAGUUUCGGACCUGAUCACGCGCUCUGAUGGACUUGUGAUCAAAUUCGACAGCAAACUCCAACUACCCUACGACUUUCCCUUCCUCCCUCCCUCCCUUUUUUUUGCACGUUCAGUGCAGGAUUUUUUUUCCGUCCUAAAACUUUUCAUCUUCCAUUUACUUUUUCUUUCUCGCAUGAAUCUCCUCGAGUCGUACGUGAAGAUGACCGACGAGCAGGACAAAUGUCUCUCCGACGCGCCGAGUCCGAGCAUGUCGGAAGACUCUGCAGCUUCUCCGUGUCCAUCCGGCUCGAGCUCCGACACCGAGAACACGCGACCGCCGUCCGAGAAUCGCCUCAAAAAGGACGAAGAGGAUGAGGGCAAGUUCCCCGUGUGCAUCCGCGACGCCGUUUCCCAGGUGCUCAAAGGCUACGACUGGACGCUCGUGCCCAUGCCGGUGCGCGUGAACGGCUCGGGGAAGAGCAAGCCGCACGUGAAGAGGCCCAUGAACGCGUUUAUGGUGUGGGCGCAGGCGGCGCGCAGAAAGCUGGCCGAUCAGUACCCUCACCUUCAUAACGCAGAACUCAGCAAAACCCUGGGCAAACUCUGGCGGUUGCUGAAUGAAGGGGAGAAGCGUCCGUUUGUGGAAGAGGCUGAGAGGUUGCGAGUUCAGCAUAAGAAAGAUCAUCCGGACUACAAAUACCAGCCACGGCGGCGGAAAAGUGUGAAGAGUGGCCAGGGUGACACUGAGGAUACCGAGCACACGCACAUUUCCCCCAAUGCCAUUUUUAAAGCCCUGCAGAGAGCCGACUCGCCGGCUUCCAGUAUGGGUGAGGUUCACUCUCCUGGAGACCACUCAGCAGGUCAGUCUCAGGGCCCUCCGACUCCCCCUACGACUCCCAAAACAGACGUUCCGAGUGUGAAACCGGACCUGAAGCGAGAGGGCCGUUCACUUCCCGAAGGCCCAGGCCGCCAGCUCAACAUUGACUUCCGUGAUGUGGACAUUGGUGAGCUGAGCAGCGAUGUCAUCUCCAACAUGGAGGCAUUCGAUGUGAACGAGUUUGACCAGUACUUGCCGACGCAUGGGGCCCAGGCCUACUCCUCUGGGUAUGGUAUGGGCCAGCCGGCAGGCACCAGCGGGCAUGGCUGGAUGGGCAAACAGCAGCCUCAGCAGCAGCCUCAGCAACACUCUCUAACCCCGCUUGGCACAGCUGGCGAGCAGGGCCAGGCCCAGCAGCGCCCAGCACACAUCAAGACAGAACAGCUCAGCCCGAGCCACUACAGCGAGCAGAGCCAGGGUUCACCCCAGCAUGUGGCAUACGGUUCCUUCAACCUACAGCAUUACACUGCCACCACCUCCACGUACCCAUCCAUUGCUCGCACGCAGUAUGAUUACAGCGACCACCAGGGCGGUGCUGCCUCCUACUACAACCAGGGUUCAGGCCUCUAUUCCACAUUUAGCUACAUGAGUCCUGCCCAGAGGCCCAUGUAUACUCCUGUCGCUGAUGCUAGCGGUGUUCCAAAUGUGCCUCAGACCCACAGUCCACAAUGGGAGCAGCAGCCAGUCUAUACCCAGCUCUCCCGGCCUUAAAUGACAGUAAAAAUGAGAAUAAGAGAGUGAGAGAGGCAAGAACACAGACUAAAUUAUUAGCGCCACCCGAUUCAUAAGACAUUGCUCAUACGCAGAGGCCUCAAAGGACCUGCUGUCCACUCCCUGCACCAGCGAACACAGAAAACCAACAAAACAAGCAGGACUAAUGUUUUUUUUUGUUUGUUUGUUUUUUUUUAUAAGUAAUGAAAAUAUCAAACGGCUCCCGACAGUGCCUUUUUAAAAGCUCUGAGUUGCGACUAUAUUUUUCUAGUUAUGAUGAAAAAGAAACUCGUUUGAAAAGAGAGGAAUCCUCUGUGAGGACAUAUUCAUUAUAAAUAUUUGUUAGUAUGUACUGUGUAUGUAUUAUCUCUUUUUGUUGUUUUCAGGUUGUUUUCUGGGGGUUUUGUACAUUUACAGAAGAUGCGAGAGGUCUUUACUUCUCACCAAUGUAUUUUUGUAAAGUCAACACUUCCCUUCUUGUUGCUCUGUACACUUUUCACUAAGCUUCCCGUGCUCUUUUAGAAUUGGGCAAAGCCGACACGAAAUUGUUGGAAAAUCUUUGUUUCCUGUCCGUGUUUUAGAAUAUCUGCAGUCAUUGCACUGGCAAUGCCAUACCAAGUGCCAUUUAGUUACGUGAGGCCUUCGUUUUAGCCGAGACACACAUGUGCCUCAUGCGCGUCAUCAGUGCCUGGUUAAGCAGUGUAGAAAUCCACAGUGCCUCAACAGCCAUCGCUUAUCUCGCUCUUCACGUCUGAGGAGAACCAGGAAGUGCCCUUUGACCUGAGACUUCCCUAGAGGUCUCUAUUGAUCAUUUGCUCAUUCAUUCAUCUGCCACCCCAUAAAGUCUUGACCGCUUUAAUUUAUUAAUUAGUAAUAAGUUUAUUUGAAAAGUAAUAAUUAUUUGCAUUUGGGAAUUUUUUUUUGUCUGACUAAUUUGAGAUGAAAUCCCCUCUGCUCCCGGGAUCAGUUUAGUUGCAGUGCAAAUUUUAACCGUCCUGUUUUUAUUUAUCAUUUGUAAAUGUUUCCAUUUAAAUGUUUUGAAUUAGUUGUGUACAGAUAUCUUAUAAUUGUGAUAAAACUUGAUCAAAAGAGAAACAACUGGAAGCUUUUUUUUCCAAUUAAUUCUAACAAAUGUGGAUUACUGGAGGCUUCGGCCACAUUGUAAAGACACGCUUCUUUAAUGAAUCACCAGCAUACCUUUUUUGUUAAAGUUUUAUUCCUUAUUCUUUUUUUUUUGCAUAUUUUAGAUCUCGUGACAUUCUUUAAUGCAAUGAUUUUUGGAAAACGCCAUUGUCUAAAGAAAAGCUUAUCUUUUGUAUCAUACCAUUUGCAAUAAAAAGGAAAUAUAUAGAAAAUAAA